AUGUUGGCUCCAAAGAAAGGCCUCCUGUGCAACCUCAACCACAUCCACCUGCAGCACAUUUCUCUGGGGCUGCACCUCUCCCGGCACCCUGAGCUCCAGGACACGGAUGGUUCCACCGGUGGGGGAGACCAGACCGGCUGCACCCACUGCCCAGAGAACUGUGAGCCAGUGGAUGCCAAUUCCAACAAUCCUUCCGUGAAAUGCCAGUGUUGUGAGUCCCAUGCUCCAGAGCCAGAGACACUCGGGCUCCAAAACCAGGCAGUGCAAGAGGAUUUCCCCUGCCUGCACAGCGGAGAUGAGGAGGAGGCGGCUUCCCCUUGUGAUCUGGCUUCUUCCUCCUCCUCCUCCUCCUCUGUCAGUAGCUGCUCCGAUUUCAGCUUGGAUGACUCCCCAGUCUCGGUGUACUGCAAAGGGUUCACCAGAGAAGAGUCCCAGUCCCCUGACCAGCAGCUGAACGUCAUUCCCGUAGAAAACGCCCAGGAUGGCAAAUCUCUGGCUGACCAGGACAGGACGUGUGAUGGGAGAGAUGCCAACCACAACUCCCCGGUGCUCCGGAGAGCCACCGCCGUGGCCAGCAAGAGCCCAGACAGUCUCUGCAGCAACAACUCACUCGACUCCCACUGCGAUGAGCUCUCUCCCAGCACAGGAGCACAGGAGACCACUGGCACCUGCACUGACCUAGACCCCAAUUGCAACCCCCUCCCUGAGCCUGAUGCUGCACCUUCAGCACCGCCGCCUGUGCCAGAACGGCGGCAUCCUGAGAUCCCGAGCAGCACUCCGGAGCCACGGCCCCGGCCUGGCAGUCUCCCCCCGCCCGUGCCCCCUCGGCCCCGGCGGCGGCUGCAGAUCCUCAACGCGCACAGAGCUGAGCAGCCCCUCGGGCCAGUGCUGCCGGCAGAACCCAAGGCUGGCCCAGGUGAGCUCUACAGAGACACGGGCACGAAGACCAUCACUUCCUUCCACGAGCUGGCCCAGAGGAGGAAGAGGAACGUGGCUGGGCCCACAGUCGCCCAGGCCAGGGUUGACCGCAGCGACUGGCUGAUCGUGUUCUCCCCUGACACGGAGCUGCCCCCCACCAGCGAGUUCCUGUCCGGCACUGCGGGCCAGGAGCCAGCCUGGCCCCAGCCCCAGCAGGAUGGGCCAGCCAGGCCUCCCGCCUCCAGACAGAGAGAGGUGACAACGUUCAAGGAGCUGCGGUCCCGCAGUGCCGCCCGGCAGCCCAAGGGCCAGCGGGCAGAACCGGCCCAGCACCUCCCUGUGCCCCCGGGGACGGGCACGGGCUGGGGGCCCCCCGCGCCCCUGGGGGGACAGGUGCUGCCAGCCAGUGACGGGCACCAGCUGAGAAGGAGACCCCGGCCGAGCCUGCAGCCCAUCGCGGAGGGGCAGCCGAGGGAUGUGGAGAAAGGGGGGCUGCCCCCAGGGGAAAAGGGGCUGGGCACCGCCUCGGUCCGGAGGCUCGGGGACCCCGCCGUGCCACGGCCAGCUCAUAGAGGAGACGAGACCUGCACGGGGGCCAGGCCCGAGCCGCUCGCCGCUGGAGCCGCCGCUGGAGCCGCCCAGCCUGGCGGGGGGAGAGCGGAGGGGCCCCAUGGAGAGCAAACGAAAGCGCUGCUGGUCGCCAUCAGCUCCGCCGUGGACAAGGUCAUCGCCCACUUCAGCACUGCAAGGAACCUGGUGCAGAAAGCCCAGCUGGGGGACAGCCGGCUCAACCCCGAUGUGGGGUACCUGCUGCUGCACACCCUCUGCCCUGCCCUCUACGCCCUGGUGGAGGAUGGACUGAAGCCGUUCCAGAAGGAUGUUAUCACAGGCCAGCGGAAAAAUUCCCCCUGGAGCGUGGUGGAAGCCUCUGUGAAGACAGGUCCCAACACCCGCUCCCUGCACUCCCUGUGCUGGCACGUGGCUGGGCUGGCCCCCCUCAGCAGCACCAGGCAGAAGUUCCAUGCCUUCAUCCUUGGCCUUCUGAACAUUAAACAGCUGGAGUUGUGGAUAUCUCACCUGCAGAAGAGCCCAGGUGUGAUCUCUGUGCUUUACUCACCCACGGCCUUCUUUGCCCUGAGCCAAGGCCCUCUUCCCCACCUUGCUGACGAACUGCUGCUGCUCAUCCAGCCGCUGUCGGUGCUGACUUUCCACCUGGACUUGCUCUUUGAACACCACCACCUCUCUGUGGAUGUCCGGCCCUUGUCCCGCCACUUGGAGUCACCGCUGUCCCCUGGCCAUCACCCCGUCCCGGUGCGGGGGGCUGUGUCUGUGGGUGGAGCUGCCAGGGACAGCCUGGAGGAUGAGACCCCCCCCGAUGCUCUGGGCAGGGUGGGGGGCACAGGGGGCAGCACAAGAGCCCGGUCCCAAGUGACCAUGGGUGGGCUGGUCCCUACCCCCCCAGUAGGGGCUGCCCUGCACCAAACCUUCCAGCGCGUGCUGCGCUGGGGCGACCAGUUCGGCCGCACCUUGCUGGGAUCUGACACCCCAGCGGAGAGUCACGGGUCUGAGGAAGGCGCUGGGGGCACUGGGGGUGGCCUCAGUGGCUGGUGGGGCCAGCUGAGCCAGAGCUCCAGGAUUUACACUGCUCCUAGCAAGGAAAAGUUCCCCUUGGUCUGGUGGACAAAGCUGCGGGCGGCUGCGGGAGAUCCCAGCCCGGGCCAGGCUGCGCAAUCCCAAACUUCCAUGAAUGAGCCCAGAGGCACAGAGCUGCAGCUCCUUCAGACCAAAGCUGUCCCUGAACGCUCCGAUGCAAAGCCCGGCAGCAGCACUGACACCUCAGGGACCUCUUCCCCUGAAGACCUCUUCUUGCCCACUGGAACUGGGGCGCUCACCAAGCUAGAUGAUCCCGUUGCUGGAAAGAAUCUCCCGGCUGCUUCCCCAGAGCCUCCUGCCGGCAGGAACCAGGCAGCACCUUCUGGCCCAGAGAUGGGCAAUCCUCCUCGUCCUGACAAGGGCAGCUGGCUGGGUCGGCUCUUUGGAGCCACCAACCCCUCGUCCAGGAGCUUCUCCCCCAGCCCUGACACCGUCUUGGCCAGGUCCAGGAGACCAUCCCGCUGGCUGUCCCCCAGUCCUGUCCUGGCCGGAGUGGUGAAGGGCCUGGCAUCCGACAGGAGCCGCGCUCCGGAGCAGCCAGACAGGAGCACGGACAGGAGCACGCCCGCCCUGCCCCAGGCCCGCAGGGCAGUUCGGGCUCUAUGUGACCACACGGGCACCGCUGACGGGCACCUGAGCUUCCAGAAAGGAGACAUCCUGGAGCUUCUCUCCACUGUGGAUGAAGACUGGAUCCGCUGCUGCCAUGGAAACAGCACCGGCCUUGUUCCUGUUGGUUACACGUCUCUGAUUUUGUGAGGAGGCGGAAGGGACUUGAGGAUGCAGCUGAGCUUUUGCCGGAGCGGGUGCCAGCCCUGGGAGGGGAUGUCUCCUGCCACGGCUUUGCCACCUCCGGGGCUGGCAGCUCCCAGGGGACCCUGCCCUGUGCCUGUCACUGCUGCAUGAUGUCACCGUGUGCCACCGUGUCCCCGGGACCCGCUGGCGCUGAGCCGUGGCUCCUCCUUGGGAGCUGCUCUGGGUCGUUCCUCAGCUGCUGCCCACCCCUGUGCCAGGGCAGGGACGGCUCCUUUCCCUACCCGGGCUUUACACUGCCCCGUGUCAUGUCCCUGUCCCCGUGUCCUGCCACCGCUGCC